AUGUCAGUGAUGUUCCUCACUGUCGCCCCUCCCCCCACGUUUCAAUUUCAGGAUUCUGAAAGAUUUGAAGGCAUUGACGUGGACUUUAAAGAGCUGGCUUACGAUGCCCAGAAAACUCCAAAUGUCGUGGAGGCCACCAAUAAACCAGGUCUUUACGAAAAACUGGAAGGUCUUCAGAGCAGAUUGCACCUGUGUGAGAAGGCCCUGGCAGAGUACCUGGAUACGAAAAGGCUUGCCUUCCCUAGGUUUUACUUUCUGUCCUCUUCUGACCUGUUAGACAUCCUUUCCAACGGCACAGCUCCUCAAGAGGUUCAACGCCAUCUUUCCAAACUCUUUGACAACAUGGCCAAAAUGGAAUUCCAGCUGGACGCCAGUGAGAAAACGACCAAGAUAAGUCUGGGCAUGUACAGCAAGGAAGGAGAGUACGUGGCCUUCAGCGAGCCCUGUGACUGCAGUGGCCAGGUGGAAAUAUGGUUGAACCAUGUGCUCGCGCAUAUGAAGGCCACAGUGAGGCAUGGGAUGACAGAAGGUGUAGUUGCUUAUGAAGAAAAGCCAAGGGAACAGUGGCUCUUUGACUAUCCAGCUCAGGUGGCCCUGACCUGCACUCAGAUCUGGUGGACCACGGAGGUGGGCAUUGCGUUUGCCAGGCUGGAGGAAGGCUACGAGAACGCCAUGAAGGACUAUUAUAGGAAGCAAGUGGUGCAGCUCAAAACCCUCAUCACCAUGUUACUCGGCCAGCUCUCCGAAGGGGACCGGCAGAAGAUUAUGACCAUAUGCACCGUUGAUGUGCACGCCCGGGAUGUGGUGGCCAAGAUGAUCGCUCAGAAGGUGAGUCCCAAACAUCCGGGAGUGUCCCUCUUUGUCGCCAGCUACACCGUGAACGGUGGGAUAAGGGAGAAGCUCGCAUACAGCCCACACGUGGGGGUCCCAGACUCUGCCCCGGCCAGAGAGCUGGCGGAGGGUCAUGGUGGCUGCUCCCAGCGAACGUGCGUGGACAAUGCUCAGGCCUUCCUCUGGCUGUCCCAGCUGCGGCAUCGUUGGGACGACGAGGCCAAACACUGCUUUGCCAACAUCUGUGAUGCGCAGUUUCUAUAUUCCUAUGAGUACCUGGGAAAUACGCCUCGCCUGGUGAUCACGCCUCUGACAGACCGAUGCUACAUCACCCUCACUCAGUCUCUGCACCUGACCAUGAGCGGAGCUCCGGCAGGACCCGCGGGCACAGGCAAGACGGAGACCACCAAGGACCUGGGCCGAGCACUGGGCGUCAUGGUGUACGUGUUCAACUGCUCAGAGCAGAUGGACUACAAGUCUUGUGGCAACAUCUACAAAGGCCUCGCUCAGACCGGUGCCUGGGGCUGUUUUGAUGAGUUUAAUCGAAUCUCUGUGGAGGUCUUAUCAGUGGUGGCGGUGCAGGUAAAAAGCAUCCAGGACGCGAUCCGAGACAAGAAACAGCGGUUCAGCUUCCUCGGGGAGGAGAUCAGCCUGAAUCCCUCCGUGGGGAUCUUCAUCACCAUGAACCCGGGCUACGCCGGCCGCACGGAGCUGCCGGAGAAUCUCAAGGCUCUGUUCAGGCCUUGCGCGAUGGUGGUUCCAGACUUCGAGUUGAUCUGUGAGAUCAUGCUGGUGGCAGAAGGAUUCAUUGAAGCACGGGCGUUAGCCAGAAAGUUCAUCACCCUUUAUCGGUUGUGCAAAGAGCUGCUCUCUAAACAGGUACUCUCUCUAGUGACGCUGGACCACCAGUCACGUGUGAUCGCCCCACCUCUGGACGGGGCUCGGGGCCGAUGUCAUAGGGAAACAUUAGAGCCUUCUGUCAAUGCGCCCAUAAGCAUAGUAUGAGUCCUGCACACUUCCACAACAAAGACUCGUAUUCAUUUUCUUAGCAUUAA